GUUUCCAGCACUCCAGACGAAUUAUAAUGACCACAGGGCCUGGCAGGACAGACAUGCACAGGGUGUGACAAGUCCUGGGCCCUGUGUUACGUGUCACGCGGUUUCCUUUUCAGCAGCCUCACAGGAAGGGGAACAGCCCUCAGCCCCGCUCUGUGGCCUGGCUCUGCUUUCCCCAGAUAUUGGGGCUGAGGACAUAGCAGACUCCCUGGAAACCUUUCACACCAAAUCUGAGUUCCAAUCCUGCGUCUGCCUUUUACAGAGGUUGGAUGAACUGGAGCACGUCACUUUCCUUUUUGGAGACCCCAUAAAUGCAAAUUUUCUUCCUUCUUUCCACCAGCCAGGCAAUCCAAAAGUUUUAUUGAGCAUUUCCCACGUCCGAUCAGGGAGGCAGAUAGUAGAGAUUCGUUGAUGAAGCACACAGAUUCCUCCUGGAUUCACGGAGCUCAGGUGAACACAAGACAGACCUUGAAAUAAAAAGGAGCAACAUAAGGACAAAGAGACUAACAGGUGGACAUCAAGUACCUGCACCAUGGGAGUGAGGAAGACGUGGAGGAGGAGAGGUGAUGCCAUUAGGGUGAGCACCGAGAGAGGUGAGGGGAGGACACCCUCCAUGAGAAAGAGCUUGGGCUGUUGUAGGAUCUGAGAGCAAUCGGGGGACACGGGGUCCCGAUCACUCAGGGUUUCGUGCACUAAGGAAGUAUUUUGGAUUUUACGUUUAAGGCACCAGGAAUUUUUAAGCAAGGGACAAUAUGGACAGAUUUCUGUUUCAGGAAGACCCCACUAUGCAGAGAAUGGCAUGUAGGAGGGUUCUAUUAAUAAUAAAGAAUAAUAAAACUCCAACAUUAAUUUAAGCCCUGGGUGAAGUACCAGUCAGUAUUCUACAGGAUUGUGUGGAUGUCUUAUGUAACGCUUAUACACAGUUUAUCACACAGGUAAUUUACAGUUGAGUGUAAUGAGAUGGGAACUCUUCUUGGUCUUUGUCUUAUUCUGGGAGGUUGGAAACAAGUUCGCUAUGUUCAAAGUGGCUAAAGGAGCAGCCCGUGAAAAGGCACAAAACUGUUUAAUAGUUCAGUGCGUGUGUGUGUGUGUGUGAUGUAUAAGUAUGUACAUUUAAUUGUGAUGACUUUGGUAGGGGAGGGGGCCCUGGUGGCACAGCGUUAAGUGUUUGGCUGGUAACCAAAAGGUCAGCAGUUUGAAUCCACUAGCCGCUCACUGGAAACCCUAUGGGACAGUUCUACCCUGUCUUUUAGGGUCGUCAUGAGUCACAAUCUCCCGAGAGAAGUGGGGUUAUUAAUUGGGAGUAGGGAGCUGUGUUUGCUGGAGAUGGAGAGUUUUAUCUCAGGCCUGAUUAUCCACAGCUUUACAAGUCAGGUGGAGGUACUUGGAUCUUAUUUCGAGGAAGACGGAAACUUGUGGAACAGUGAACUAGGGAGGAGAAGAGCCAGGUAGGAUUGUUAGAAGAGCUCUCUGCAUGUGCAGUGAGAAGAAUGUACUGGAGUAGGGAGUAGGGGGGUUGAGAGAGGGGGAGCAGGAAAGAGGCUUUGUGGUGGUACAGGCAAGAUGUCUUCAUCUUCAACUGAUCAUGGAACGUGGUGAAGGAUUCGGGGACAUGGCUAAGACGGUUCACGGGCAGAGCUAUUUAGAUUUGAUGAUUGAAUGUGAGGUGGAAGACAGUAAAAAAUUGAGGGCUAUCCCAGUCUCUUCCUUAAUUGACUGUAGAAGGCAGUAAAUCCAUCACCAAGUGGAUGACCCUAGGUGAAGGAGAGGCUAUGGGGUGGUGUUUAUAAGAUUGUUCAUUGUCUCCCAGUAGAAAGUACAACUUUUCUUCCUGGUCUGGUGUUGCAAAUUUUCUUUCUCCCUAGCACUUCCCCUCACUGACUUCCCUAUUUCUAUAUGUAACAGCCUCUUUCUCCAUGUCACCCUCAUUCAAAUUUUCUCAAGUAUUUCUGCCUCAUCAGUGCCUCUUUCUUCCGGGGAAGAACUGUCCACCUUAUACUGUGGGUUCUUUCUUCAGGAACUGUGUAACAGCACUGGUUGGAGGCAAACUCAGAGACAGUAAUUGAAGAUGUGGCUGACACAUUUACUGUCAAUCUUGAGCAGGCAACUUCCUUUUCUGGAGUCUCAUUGUCCUCCUCAUAGUAAGGUGAUAAUGACUUCUCCUCUCGGGGUUGAUAGACGGAAUGGGGGAUGCCUGUGGAUGGAAGAUGCCCACAGUCAAGAGACAUCAUUUUCUCCACCCUCAGUAUGAGUGGCAUCUGUGCUCCCUACUUGGGGAAUCACUCCGUGGAUGAGACAUCAGGACCGGCUUCUGAGAAAUAAGGGAAAAGGGCUGAGGCUACUUUUGAUCUUUCCAAAUUGAGCCUGGCCUGUACCACUCCUGUUGAGUCUGUCCUGAUCUCUUUCUUUGGCAGCCUGCAACAUAUGAACCCAAUGUGGGCCUCAAACAAGACAUGGAGGAAGGUGUUGGAGGACUUCUCUCUGACUCCCUCCAUGACAGUAGCUGGGUCACCCUAGGCCUUACAGAACAGUCAAUUCCCUGUAUCAAAUACCCCAGCAGCGUCAAUGGAGGAGACGCGGAGACUGCACUAGGUAAUGCUAUCAGACAGUGUGACACCAAAAUGACUGUUUCUGAAAUUUUUGUGCAGGGUUUCUGCAAACAUUUUUAUUUUUUAUAAAAAUAUCCCUGUAGCUAAUUGUAACAACUAAAACAUAUUUCUGUAAGACCAGCUUACAUGUAUCACUAUACCUACAAUAUAUCCAGAACUCCAUGCUAAUUUACUUUUUGAACCUUCUAAUGUGCUUCUGUGAGAGCUGUCACUGUUACCCAGUUCCAACGAGGCUUUGAAUCAUGUAGUUCCAUCUGCAUGUGCUACAAGCACGCACUGUUUUGUUCAUAGCCGCCAGUGGUUUUAUACUUGCUGAUUUUGUCCAAUUUUCUGGUGCUACAAUAUUGUGGCAAUUAGUAUUUGUGAACUUAUACCAAUAACUUUUUUGAGAAUGAAGUAGUAAUUAAAGGAAAAGGAGAAAAAUAAAAAAUGGCUUCUGCUCAGUUGCUAAUAAUGCCGGAAAUAAUAAUAUUAUAAUUCAAAGUGGAAGGAUAAUUUUACAAAACAAUUUUGUUGUUGGUAUUCAUAUAAUCUAAGAAAUAUUACAUUUAUGUAAUGUACAACUAUAUUACACAUUAUUCUAUGACUAAAAUUGAUAAUAAACAUUACUAAAGAUUCUGUAUGAUCUGGUGAGGGAGGAGGCCUACGGGGGGGCAUGACACCAUGAGUUACCCCCCUAGGUGGCCCCAACCCUAGUGAUGCCACUGAAGUACCUUCUCCUUAAAUUCACUGAAUGUCUUCUCUUUUCAUAAUUAGGUCCUGACUAGGAAUCCUACAAUAAGUGUCUGGGCCCAGCUGGAAUUUAGAUUCCUGACAGAGUUGUUUUAGACAGAGGUGAAUAGAGACCAAUUGCUGUGCCUUUGAUGUCAGCUUGCAAGGUUUUAAGGCCCCAGGCACUAUGCAACCAAGUAAGAAGUAGAACAGAAUCGCUGAACUCAUUAUUAGGCCAAUUAACUGGACUGUCCUGUGAAACUCUGACCAUAAACCUCCAAAGCAAGAAACCAAAUCCCAUGAAGUGUUUGGUUGUACAUAAGCAGCCCCAGAAGCUACUGUUUGUUUUGUUUUUUGCAUUGUUUGAAAUAGAUCUAUCACACAACUUUGCCAAUUCAGCUUUUUACAGGCGUAUGACUUAUUGUCAGCAAUUACAAUAGUAGGCUGCACAACCUCCCUCUGUUUUUGAGAUCUUCAUUUUAUUUUCAUUUGUAAAAGCAAUGCCUCCCCCCAUUCCCCUCUCCACUGAGCCUGGCAAACUCUAAUCUAGUUUUGUCUCUACGCAUUUGUCUAUUCUAGAUAUUUCAUAUGCAUGGGGUAAUGCAAUAUGUGACCUUUUGUGUCUACCUUAUUUCACUAAGCACAAUGUUUUCAACGUUCAUUUGUGUGGUAGCGUGAAUUAGAAGUUCAUUUCUCUUUAUGGCUGAAUAAUAUGAGCAAAGUUUUCUUAAAAGGCAAUUUUCUAUAACAACGAAAACUAUACAUGGGAGAUGAGGGCAAGUUUACUUGAUAAAAAUAUAAGGUAAAAUAUGAAGCUGGACUUAAAAAAUUUGUUGUCCUACACCAGAAUAUGCCAUACAAGGUUCAGUUGGUACUGUCUGGGGACGAGUCUCUUCCCCUGAGAUAGUGCCAGUGGGAUGCCCUGCAGGUCCCUAUCUCAUGGACAGACCAGAGAAUGCAUCUUAGCUUCUGGUCCUCAGGGGGUUCUUUUGGGUCCAGCAUUUGAUUCUCCCCGCAUAUAGAGGUUACAGUAAUUCAUUCCAGAUACUGUAGCUUUGGAAUGUCACAGCCUCCAUUAUAAGAAUGCAGAGCUGUGCUUAACCUGGUGUGGCGUGUCUAGGUAGAGUGUCCGGGAGAACUGAGACCCUAAGAUCCACAGGGGAUGCCAAGUUCCUGCAAGAAUUUCAACCACAGGCCCCCCAGUGUUAUCCCAUCACCUCUAGCUCCUUGCUCCCCCCUCUUUCCUUGGUAAAACCCUUUGUAUUCAGCCCACACAGUAAGUGGCUCACUCACUUGUGCCCAGAUCCUCUGGCUCAGACAGAAUCCUGGAAAGCAAACCACAUUAGAGAUGAGUCAUCUCUAUAAUAUCCGGAACACCUGUAUGUCCCUCGUGUGCUGUGGUCACAGGGCUCAUGGUGAAGUUGUUGAAAAUCCUAUUUUGGAGCUCAGGGACAUGGGUCCCAUUUCUUUGGAAUAUUUUGAAUAUGACAAACCUGAAAUGGGAGCCACACUGAAAAGCCACUGAAUCCCAGGUUCUCAUAGGACGCCAACUCCAAGGAAUCCAGGCUAUGAGUUCACCCAGGCAGGUAGAGGCCAGUUUUUCAGGCCUGUGUUUUCCACCAUAGCCCUCUCCUCCCUUCCCUUUCAGGAUUUACCAAGACAUAGGAGGCUGAUGAACUUGGAGUCCAUUGUGCAGCUUCUGUUAGACAGGAGGAAGGAAUCCAGCAAACUUUAAGCAGGGUCCCGACAUCACAGCCCCUAGGCUUUGCAUGUUGAGGACCACACAGGAAGAUGACUGGCUCUUCUCACCCUAAGGAUGGGUGUUCCACUUUUUCACUGACCGCCUACUUUACCAAGCAUGAUGUCCUUCUUCAGGGACUGAUCCCUCUUGAUAACAUGUUGAAGGCAAUGUGCUGCUGUGGCAGCUGGUUUGAAUCAGGGUGCUGGGUGAGGGCAAGAUGAAGCUGGAUUACCUGCUGCGCCUGAAGAUCGAGGAUUUCUUGGAGAGGCGCCUGCAGACCCACGUCUUCAAGCUGAGCUUGGCCAAGUCGGUCCACCAUGCCCGGGUGCUGAUCCGGCAGCGCCACAGCAGAUCACAGUGUUUCAGCCGAAAGCACCUUCUGCCAGCGACAGAUUUGAGCCAUCUAUUGGACAGAGAAUGUAAUCUCACAUAUAAGCAUAAAUUGGAGAUGGUGACAGAAACAAUGAGCGAUACUAUCAGGACCUGAGAUAAUUGAACAAAACCCGGACCCAUCUUGUGACCGUAACCAGGAUGGAGCAAAGAGGCCCGCAACACGUCAACAAUAAGUCACUUUGUCAUUAUGUCUCCAUCAAGGAAGAAUCAACAUUCCUGGAAAUUUCUAAACCCUGGCCCUCUCCCUGUAAAACCCUCUUGUAGCCCUCUUGGGGCAGACAGAAUCUGAGGGAAGUUUUGCCCCCUCUGUCUCUUGAACACGGUGUUCAAUAAAGCCCUCUUGCUGCUUACCUCCUCCUGCUUCACUACUGGCUUUCACGGCAGGCGGCUCGAAUCUGCAAUUUACAGCAACAUGUUUUUCUCAGGGACAAAGAUUCUCUGGGGAAAAAUCUCUCUGGCCCCUAAUAGUAAUCCCAUCCAAGCUAGCAUUAAAAACAUUUGUACUUUUUAACCCUAGAAAGUCUUAACUUCAGUCCAUCGAUGGGUUGGCCUUUUCACUCCUUUUGUCACUGUAGACUGGGCAGGGCUUGACUUGGAAUGAUAGAUCCAUGGUUUGACUCCUGCAAGCAUUAUGACUGUGUCAGUGCUGAGUGGUGCAGUGAAGGAUCCAGUCCACUUAGGCUGUAACAGGAGGUCUUUCUACUUCCAGAGGAGCACCUGGUCACAGUUAUCUUGAGAAGGAACUUCUGCCCAAUGUAACUGGGAAACAAUUUUGGUUAGAGAAAGCAAAUAUUUAAACAUCAUUACAUUAGAGGGCUGGAUGGAGGGUUGCGAGGAGAGUUGGUUGAGACAAUAUGGUCUCUCAUAAAGUAUCUCAAAAAGACUGAUUUUAAGCUUUCCCCAGGGUACACUACGGACUCAGAGGAGGGCCAGUGGCAAAACAUCUGUCUAGGGCACAGUUUUUACAAAGUGUCGUUUUGUGGUCUGAUUCAUUCUUUUACCCUUUUCCAAUAGAUUGAGGUCUCCAUGUUGUGUGGAGUUUUCACUUUAUUCUUAAAGCAGUUGAAACCUGUUGUACUUCUCUCUAGCUGUCUUGGUCCAGCAGGGAAAAGUCUCUACCCAUCCUGAAAAAGAAUCUAUACACAUCAGUAAAUAUUUCAUCCGAUGUUUAGUUCUGAACACUUCACAAAAGUUAAAUUUGAUUUCUCUCAAAAGCUGUGUUUGAUGUACUGUUAGCUGACUGGCGGUGCGCCACAAAUGUCCUUUUUGUUCCAAUACUACAGUCACUGGAUGAGGGACAAACACAAUAGUAUCAUGUCCCAAAGUAAAUUUGUUAGCCUCUUCAACAAUAAUGUUAGCUGUGGCAACUGCUCGGAGCAGGCUGGCCAGCCUUUUGAGCCAGUGUCCAGAUUUUUGGAGAAACAGGCGACAGGGUGUCUCCAUGAUCCCAAGAACUGGGUUAAUACUCUUCUUCUUUUAUUUAUAUAAUUUAAAGGAUAUUUGAUAAUCUGGCAGCCCCAGGGCAGGGGCUUUUAUCGACUGGGACUUUUAAAUCACAAAAGGCUCGUUGACACUCAGAGAUCCAUUUGAAAGGAUCUCUCUCUGCCCCCUGAGUAGCCUGAUUGAGGUUAGCUUCUAACUUUCUUAAAGACAGUCGGUCCAAAAAGUUUAAGACAGUCGCAGUAUUUGUAAGAGCAUUUCUCAGACUUGUUCCCUAUCAGGAGGUCCACAUAUUGCAGGAAUAUUCCUCAGCUAAAGGGAGGUAAUAGCUCUAGAUCUCAGGCCAGUGCUGUUCCAAAAUUAGUGGGGAGUUCUUAAACCUUUGAGGUAGCACAGUCUAACAGAGCUUUUUCUUUCUUAUGCCCCCUUCCCAUUCAAAAGCAAAGAUUAGCUGACUCUCGGAAGUCAGCAGGAUAAAUCCAAAGCAGUAAACUGAGUACUGGAAGGUGGAAGGGCUGAUAGUAGGGCAUGUAGGUUUAGGAGUACUGGGUAUAAGGUCUUCACAACUUCAUUAACAGCCCACAAAUCGUGAACAAAAUGGUACUCACCAGUUGAUGUCUUCUUCACUGGAAGAACAGGAGCUUUGAGUGAGGAUUGGCACUCCCGCAACGGUCCUCACUCUAGGUAUCCAGUGGUCAGUCUCUGCAACCCCAAGCGAGCAGAGCCUCAAUUUGUUUAAUCCGAGGAGGCAUGACGUUGAGUAAUCGCUCCACUGUCAAAGGGAGGACAGUCUGAGCUCGUCCUGGCCAGCCACUGGCCCAAACCCACGGGGUCACAGGAUCGACCACUCUUUGAACUGUGGGAUAGCACUGUUUGGGUGAGUGCUGAGAGCUGUUUCCACAUUCCAGGUAUUCCCUGGUGGUACUGUCAUAGACAGGCCUUUUUUAUCAAGUGAUUUCAGCAUGUACUUAGGAAAUCUCGUCACAAAAAGUGGGAUUGAGCAUUUGGGCAUGUAUAGAAACUGGCAGGAUAGCUUAGUUUCUCUUAUUUCACAGUCUGUUGGCUGCAAAAAGGGUUUAGUCACCUCUUUUCCAGUCACGACUUGAGUAUUGCUGGUUAAGGCAGUCCCUUUUGGCUCCUGGGUGAGUACUGAGAAGGCUGCUCUGGUAUUAACCAAAAAGUCUACUGGCUGUCCUCCUCCUGGUCUUUCAUAAUUCUUUUAAAAAGCUUCUCCCCCUUUCAAUCUUGCCUAGCCCUUUUCCAUUCUUCUUUUUGGGGCACUCAUUUUUUUUUCAGUGUCCCUCAUCUUUGCAAAAUGCACUUCGGUUUUUCUUUUAGUCAGGGCCCAUCCUUGUCUUGGUCUCAUUGAUGAAGUAAAAGGGCCAAACAGAAAAUUUCAAAGGGCAGCUCCAGAGACAAAGUAAGGCAUUAUAAUGAGAUUUGCAGAGACCCGGGUUUAGAAACCAAAAGGGCAGAACGCACUCAGCAUUUCUCAAGCCGAAAGAACCAAAGGAAAAAUUCAAGCCUUGAGUUUGCAAUACUGAAGAAUUCUACAGAGAAAAAUAUUAAACGACACAGGAAACAUCAAAAGAAGAUGGAAGGAAUGCACAGAGUCACUAUACCAAAAACAAUCGGUCGAUGUUCAACCAUUUCAGAGCAUAGCUUAUGAUCAGGAACCGGUGGUACUAAAGGAAGAGGUCUAAGCUGCACCAAAGGCAUUGAUGAAAAACAAGGCUCCAGAAAUUGACGGAAAACCAAUUGAGAUGUUUCAACAAAGGAAUGAGGCACAGGAAGUGCUCACUCAUCUCUUCCAAAAAUUUGGAAGACAGCUACCUGGCCAACUGACUAGAAGAGAUACAAUCUUACAAGGGUUAGAAGUGUCUUUGUAGUCCUCUGCCAUGCCUUUCUUUAUUAGGCUAAAGAUACACAUAUCUGAUACUUGGGCUCCAACUUUCCUGUGGGGGUUGUAGGCCACAGGUGGUUGGACAUAGCAAAAGGUUAUUUGCAUCUGUUUAAAACAAAAACAAAGUCAUUAACAUUUAGUCAAAGCAAAGUCAUUAACAAAAGCAUGUGAAGGAGGGGGCAGGCAGAGCAAGCAGAAGAAUUUACAGGUUCAUCACCACAUGAGUUAUGUCAAGCUCUCAGUCACCCACUUUGAAAAAGGAGAAAACAUGCUGAGGAGUAUUGGGGUCACAACUUUAAAGAGAUCUUUUGCAGCAGAUUUGUGAAAUGCAGUGUGUUGUUUGAUUUCUUGACUGCUGCUUUCAUGGGUGUUCAUUGUGAAUCCAAGUACAGUGAAACCUUUGACAACUUCAAUCUUUUCUCUGUUUAUCAUGAUGUUUAUUGGUCCAGCUGUGAGGAUUUUUGUUUUCUUUAUGUUGAGGUGUGAUGCAUACUGAAGGCUGUGGUCUUUGAUGUUCAUCAGUAAGUGCUGUAAGUCCUCUUCACUCUCAGCAGGCAGGGUUGUGUCAUCUGCAUAACACUGGUUGUUAAUGAGUCUUCACCCAAUCCUGAUGCCCCGUUCUUCUUCCUAUUGUGCAGCUUCUUGAAUUAUUUGCUCAGCAUACAGAUUCAAUAGGUAUGGUGAAUGAUUACAACUCUCAGGCACACUUUUCAUUACUUUAAACCAUGCUGUAUCCCCUUGUUCUCUUCGAAGGACUGUCUUUUGAUCUAUACCAGGGUCUUCAUCAGUAAAAUUAAGUGUUCUGGAAUUGCCGUUCCUUGCAAUUUUAUCCAUAAUUUGUUAUGAUCUUUUUUAUACAGUCAAAUGCCUUUGCAUAGCACUACAACACAGGUAAACAGCUUUCCAGUACGCUCUGCUUUCAGCCAGGAUCCAGCUGAUAUCAGCAAUGAUAUCCCUGGUUCCACUUCCUCUUUUAAAUCCAGCUUGAAAUCCUGGCAGUUUCCUGUCCUUGUCCUGCUGCAGCCCCUUUUGAAUGAUCUUCAGCAAAAUUAUACUUGCAUGUGAUAUUAAUGGGAUUGUUCCAUAAUUUCUGUGUUUGGUUGGAUCACCUCUCUUUGGAAUAGGCAUAAAUUUGUUUCUCUUCUAGUCGGUUGGCCAGGUAGCUGUCUUCCAAAUUUUUGGAAGAGAUGAGUGAGCACUUCCUGUGCCUCAUUCCUUUGUUGAAACAUCUCAAUUGGUUUUCCGUCAAUUUCUGGAGCCUUGUUUUUCAUCAAUGCCUUUGGCGCAGCUUAGACCUCUUCCUUUAGUACCACCGGUUCCUGAUCAUAAACUAUGCUCUGAAAUGGUUGAACAUCGACCAAUUCUUUUUGGUAUAGUGACUCUGUGCAUUCCUUCCAUCUUCUUUUGAUGUUUCCUGUGUCGUUUAAUAUUUUUCUCUGUAGAAUUCUUCAGUAUUGCAAACUCAAGGCUUGAAUUUUUCCUUUGGUUCUUUCGGCUUGAGAAAUGCUGAGUGCGUUCUGCCUUUUGGUUUCUAAACCCGAGUCUCUGCAAAUCUCAUAAUGCCUAACUUUGUCUUCUGAAGCUGCCCUUCGAAAUUUUCUGUUUGGCUCUUUUACUUCAUCAUUUCUUCCUUUUGACGUUCAAGAGCAAGUUUCAGAGACUCUUCUGAUAUCCAUUUUCGUCUUUUCUUUCUUUCCUGUCUUUUGGAUGACCUCUGGUUUUCUUCAUGUGUGAUGUCCUUGAUGUCAUUCCACAAUUUGUCUGGUCUUCGGUCAUCAGUGUUCAACACAUCAAAUUUGUUCUUGAGAUGGCCGCUAAAUUCAGGUGAGAUAUACUGAAGUUUGUACUUUGGCUCUCGUGGACUUGUUCUAAUUUUCUUCAGCUUCAACUUGAACUUGCAAAUGAGCAAUUGAUGGUCUGUUUGACAGUUGGCCAGUGGGUUUGUUCUGACUGAUAAUAUUGAGAUUUUCCAUCGUCUUUUUCCACAGAUGUAGUUGAUUCGAUUCUGGUGUGUUCCAUCUGGUGAAGUCCAUGUGUAUAGUUGCUGUUUCUGUUGUUGAAAAAAGACAUUUGCAAUGAAGAAGUCGUUGGUCUUGCAAAAUUCUGUCUUGCCAUCUCGGGCAUCAUUUCUAUCACCAAGGCCAUAUUUUCCAACUACUGAUCCUUCUUUGUUUCUAACUUUCUCAUUCCAAUCACUAGUAAUUAUCAAUACAUCCUGAUUGCAUGCUCAAUCAAUUUCAGAUUGCAAAAGUUGGAAAAAUCUUCAAUUUCUUCAUAUUUGGCUAUAGUGGUUGGUGUGUAAAUUUGAGUAAUAGUCCUAUCAACUGGUCUUCAGUGUAGGUGUAUGGAUAUUGUCAUAUCACUGACAGCUUCGUACUUCAGGAUAGAUGUUGCAAUAUUCUUUUUGACAAUGAAUGCAAUGCCAUUCCUCUUCAAGUUGUCAUUCCUGGCAUAGUAGACCAUAUGUUUAUCUGAUUCAAAAUGGCCAAUGCCAGUCCAUUUCAGCUUACUAAUGCCUAGGGUAUCGAUGUUUGUGUCUUCCAUUUCAUUUUUGACAAUUUCCAAUUUUCCUAGAUUCAUAGUUUGUACACUCUGCAUUCUGAUUAUUAAUGGAUGUCUGCAGCUGUUUCUUCUCAUUUUGAGUUGUACCAUAUCAGCAAAUGAAGGUCCCAAAACAUGACUCUGUCCAUGUGAUUAAGGACAACUCUACUUUGAGGAGGCACCUCUUCUGCAGUUGUCUUUUGAGUGCUUCCAACAUGAAGGGCUCAUCUUCCAACACUGUAUCAGACAAUGUUCUGCUGCUAUUCACAAGGUUUUCACUGGCUAAUUCUUUUCAAAAGUAGAUUGCCAGGUCCUUCUUCCUCAUCUGUCUUAGUCUGGAAGCUCGGCUGAAACCUGUCCACCAUGAUGACCCUGUUGGUAUUUGAAUAUCUAUAGAUAGCUUCCAGCAACACAGCAGCACGAAAGCCCCACAGAUGUGCGGGGGUAAUUCAGACUAACCCUCUCGAGUUUCUUUUUCACUUUUUUUCAUAACAGCACUUUGCACACCUGAAUUUCUUUUUUUCAUAACAGCACUUUGCAUACCUGAGCACUAUUCAUUUAUGUGUAUGUUGUCUCAGACUCGCUAGAAGGUGAACUCAAUGAAGAUGGAGACGGGUUUGCUCAGUGCUGUACCUGCGGAACUUAAAUGGAGCUUAUAAAUGGUGAGAUUCCUCUAAAUAUUUGUAGAAUGAAUGAAUGAAGGGAAGCAGAGGGGUCUUUCAGGUUAUUUAUUUAAGCAUGUACUCCUUUAAGUUUUGGAGCCCUAUAACCACCAGAAGGUCAAACAAAGGAAGAGGAGCUAAGAAAUGGGACCAUGAAGAAGGGCCCCAUGAAAUGGCAAGAAAACCAGGAGACAGUGAGGCCACAACAGGCAAGAGGCAGUAUUUCUAGAGGGAGAGGUCAACUGUAGGAUGAUGAAGAGAAUGGAGAGAUGUGAGGACAGUGAAGCGUCUACUGGAAUAAGUCUUUCACAAGAAGUUUUUUUUGGUGUCAUGUCAGGAGUAGGGGACUCACACUGUCCAGCUGUCCUUGCUCCUCAGGCUGUUUGCCUUUCCCGGCACGAUUUGGCAGGGCCAGAACUAGAGGGUUUUAUCUCUUGUAAAGUAUUCCUGAGUUCUUUCAGUGCUGCAUACUCCUCCCCUGUUUGCAGAUGGGGCAAUUGAGGUUCAGAGAGGGACAAUGAAGCUCCCAAGGCCACACAGGAUUGGACUGCAAACUGUGCCACCUCUCAGCCCCAUAAGCAUUCCCAGUCUAUCCACUCCCUGGCAUUGCCUGUGAAAUCUCUGUGUCCCCAUGUCUUAUCCCAAGAUGCUUCCUCCUCUUCCUCUCACAAAGAUCUUCUUCCAGGACAUCAGCAGCUCGGCUGGAGGCAGAGAGGAAUGUGAGGUGGCCGUGAGGGAACUGUGGGCAGGGCUGGGGCCUGGAGAUUUGGGAGGAGGAAGUGCCUGUUCUGCAGUCCUUGUCCUUGGAUUCUAGAUUUGUUGCCCCUGCAGGAAUUUGGAAGUCAUACUCUUGCAGGACAAGGUUAAGAUCUACAGAGUCUAAGCCCGGGAAGUGUUAUAACUUCCCACCCUCCAUAUGCAUUUCAUGAAAAGGAAAGCAAACCUUGAAAAACACUUGCAUGUACUUUUCAAAUAUUUCCUAAAACUGAAAAAGCUGAAAGAACACUUUUAGUAUGUGCAAUGCAAUGAAUUGAUAUUUUAUGGCUUUUUUAGUCAUGGUCUGGUAACUCCCACAAAACGAUUGGUUGAGACUAUGCAAAUAAGGUGCUUAUGUACCACUAAGAACGUUGGGAAGUCUGCUAAUGCAAAUAAGGUGCAGGGAACUCUUGUGAGGGUGAGAGUAUGCAAAUAAGAUGCACGGAACCCUUGUAGGGGAUUGGUUUGUUUUGCCAUCUGCUAGAGUUAUAGGGAGCCAAUUCCAGAAGUUACAUGGGGAACUUACUCCCAUCAAAAAGAAGAGCCAGGAGCAGAGUGCUACAUUUGGACCCAGGGUUCCUGCUCUGAGAACCUCCUAGAUCCAGGAGACAGGGAGAGCUGUAACACUGGAGAUAGCACUCCAUGUUGAGGAGAUGCAGCAAGCAUGGCAGAGUCCAGCAGCAGAGAAAUGGAGACAAUAGGGGAGGCAUGUGAUGGCACUGUGGGCUUCCUGGACCACAGAAUUAAGCGAUUACAGUGGGCUUGCUGACUCACAGAGUGAGGGAACUUAGCACAUUUGAGCAGGAGGCUUCCUGAUGGAGUGGAGUGCCUCCAAACAUUUACUGGUGAAGCAAAAGAAAGAGCUUCAAGACUUGCCCAAGUGGGGCAGAGGCCAGGCCUGCUGAGAGGCAGGGCCAAGGUUGAGCAGAACCUCUCAAGCAGAGCCUGGUGGCAGAGUCCUGCCUAAGGGCAUGAUUAAGAAGAAGCUGUCCUGAUCAGAGAACUACAUCCUGAGUUGUUCCUCUUACUUCCAAGUUCAUCCUGAUCCUGAAUUUUGACGUGUUACAUCUGUAAUAAACGCCAUAAUUGUGAGUAUAGUCUCUGAGUUCUGUGUGGCCAUUGCAAGGAAGUAUCAAACCCAGUAGAAAAGUAGAGAGUGCCAUGGAAGGGACGGCUGGCGACAGAAUUGGUAAAAAGUUUUGAGAGUGGAGGUAUUGUAACCAAACACCACUGGGGUUCUUGUCCUGUCUUAUUAGCCGAUUGAAAUAAGACGGACACUGAUUGCAACGGAAACAGAAAGUGGCAAGUCUAUUUUCUGCGCAUACAAGGAACGCGUGCGGUCCAGUGACCUUAAGGCCACGUGCUCGCUGACUAAGGGGGCUGGGGAGCUUUUUGUUUCUAAUGGCAUCAGGCGGUUGGGCUUGGUACCUGGAAUUUCCUGCCUUUAGCCCUCCCACACCUAUGUUUGGGGGCGGCGGCGGCGGGGGUGGGGGGUGUCAGUUGAAGGAUGUGAUUUCAAUCUGUGCAUGCUUCAAGGUGUAACUAGGGCUACUCAGUGGAUGGAGCCACUACCUGCUGCGAAUUCCUGCUCAAAACAACCUUGUGGUUAGCAAGACAAAGAGAGGGGGGAAGGGGUGUUGAUUGGGGUUUUCAGUAUGGCUGAGCAGCCUGUUUCAGUGUGUCUGACCUCCAUCUCAAAGGAGUCAGCUUAGAGCUGCUGUUAAUGGUGAUUCUUUCUCCUUCCCCCAAAGUUAGGAGAGGAACUCUGAUGCCACCAUUUUACAUAAACUGGGUUCUGGGGUUUUAUAUGUUCACUGACAUUAAGCUUAUUCCUUCUAGAUUUUCUGAUUGUGAAAUGCUGCAGGAGUCUUUCGAAGAUAGCCUCCUUUCAACUCUUUGGGCACCUUGGCUGAUGCCCUUAGUGAACCCUUGUUCUCCCUACUGGAAACCCACUGCCUCAUGUGACCGAAACAGGCUGCUCAGCCAUAUCUUGAACAGUACCUGAGCCAAUUUUUUUUUCCUUCUUCUUUCUUCUUUCUCUCCUUUCCCUCCCCUAGCCCAUCCCCACCUCCAAGUGAGAUCCUGAUGUUAGCUCCCCAAAAGGUUAAGUGUUAACCAAUGUUUCCUCUAAGACUGUGGAAAACAAGUGAUAUUGAUUUAAGCCUGUCAAAUAAGACGAAGGAUGGCGCCAGCUACCCCCUGAGCUGAUGGGAUAAUGGCAGGACAAGAUCAACAUGUUUGAGAUAAAAAAAAAAAAUAUAUAUAUAUAUAUAUAUAUUUUUGAGAUAUGACCACCGAAACCAAACAGAAGAAAGAGAGCUCACAUUCCACAAGUCCCUAAAACUUAUGGCCCCCUUUCCCUUAAAAACCCGAACACAUCGGUAAUCUGGUGAGACAGACGACUUUAGGAGGAGAUCAUUCCCCUCUGUCUCCAUAUACCAGCAUAUCUAAUAAAGCUCUUGCUACCCACCUCACCCCUGUCUCAAGAACUGGCUAUUUGCGGUAGGUGGCUCUAACUCGCGAAAUUGCGGUAACAUGAUCAAGUCAUUUCAUUGCCUAGUCCAAUACUUACUGCAUUUGUUCAGAUGUCUGAUGAAGAGAAAAAGGAAGAGGAGGAGAAUGAUGAAGGCUACUGAGACCCUGAUCAGAACAUUCAGAACCCUGAAGCACAACAUGGUGUCUGUCUGGACAUGAGGCUUGAGUGACUGCCUCGUGGUGGCACCUUGUGCCCAGUGAGGAGAUGGGACCUGUGAAAAUUGGAGAAGGACUCACCUGCCUACACUUGGAUCCUGUGGCCCAGACUCACCCCUGGAAGAGAGAUCCAGGGAACCCACCACCUCAUGUGGCCACUUCCUUCCAUUCCCUACUCACGUCACUUACUGCGUUUUCCGUGGUGUUGGUGUCAAAUGAAAAGGAAGAGGAGCAGCAAGAGGAGGAGAAGACUUAUAUGGGCCACCAAAUCUCCAGGCAGAACUUUCAGGUACUCUGGUAGACCUUGGGCAUGAGUGAUGUCAUAAGAAAGUCAGCGAUGGCCUUUUAUCAGGCACCUUCUGCAGGGCAGCACAUGCUGGGACCUUUGCAUUCAUCAUCUCUGACUCUCACAACAGCCAUGCAACUUGGAAUUGCCACCCCCCCCACCCCACCCAUUUUAAAGAAGAGGAAUCUGAGGCUCAGAGAGGUCAAUCAUGUUCCUCAAGUCACCUAGCCAGGAAGUGGCAGGGUUGCCAUUGGGAGUCUCUGAAUCCCCUUGUGUUUCUUUUUCAUGCUGCCCCUCCACCUUCCUCCCUCCACAGGUUAAAUACCAGAGGAGAGACCUGUCCACUAAACCCCAGUCGCCACACAUCCCCUAGCCCAGCUUGGCUCCGUCCCCCACUCUGCAAGGCACAGACACCCCCAUGCGGGGCCUGUCUGCACAUGGGGCCUGUGUAUCUGAAAGGAGGGUGGAGGUGGAGUGUGGGGAGUCUACCCUGUAUGAGCAUGGUGUUGGGCCAGGCCCAGGACUUUCACUGUUGUGAUUCCCCUGUGUCUCAUGGCAGCCCUGGGAGAUGGUGGGAGGCCUGUUCUACAGAUAGUGAAACUGAGACUCAGAGAGGGAACAUGACUUGCUGGAGGCCCCACAGCUGGGAGGUGGCAGAGCUGGGAUUUGAACCCCGGGGAGGGGGGUAGCAGGGGAGAGUACAACCUUCAAGCCCUGUUCUUUCCCUACCACCAUGGCUGCUUCUCAGAAGAAGGAGUUCCUCUCAAUUUGUGGAAAAACACAGAUGCCCUUGUCAUUGCCCUGCCCCUCCACCAUAUGGUGUCACAGCUGGGCUGCUUCCCCUUUGAGAGUGUCAACAGGGAUCCCAGAGAGAAGAAAGACCCUUUUCUAGGGUCACCAUUUCAAGAAGUGGAGAGCCAACACAGAACUCAGCUCCUCUCACCCUCUUACCCCAUCUCCCAAAUGAGAGACUGUCACUUACCCCUCGGUGGGUCUGAUUCCCUGGGUGUGUGGCACUGAUCCUCAGAGCCUUCUGGGGAGGAGGACAAGAUGAGGUCCUUGAGCUCAUUGCUCCUUCUCCAGGCUAGACCCCAUACCUCCCUCUGUCAUGAACGCCCUACUCCUCAUCAGGCCCCAGCCCUACAACCUCUGGGAACCUGGGUCACCAUCCUUUUCUCUGCCCAUCUCCCAACCCCCCGGACACAAACUAUACUGGAGAGAUGAAGGAGAAGUUCCAUCAGCUGAGAGGGUGAAUCUGUGGACCCCUGGGGAAAGAGGCUUCUGUUACUCACAAGCUCUUGAUUUGGUCUCUGGGUGAGAGGCUGCAAGGAUUAGAGAUUCAGGGAGAAUGAGAGUAGGGGUACCUCUGGCCUUUCCUCUUGGUCAGAUUUGAUCCUCUCCAGCCUCCCUCCACCUACCAGGAAUGUAUCUGAGCCUCAGAGGUGAGGACUGAGGCUGAGGCACGGGCAGGAGUACCCUGUCUUUUUCCACCCCUCUGAGGGGUAGACCCCCUCUGAGUGACCCUCCUUCAGAGGCCCUUCCCUCCCACCUCAGCCUAGGGACAGGGCCCUGAACUGACCAUCAGAACACAAAGGGGACAGGGUCAGGGGUUCUCCACCUGAGACCACCAGCUUCAGGAGGUCACUGGGUUGUGACAACAGGUAGGGGGAGGUGCUGUUUGAGCUGUAGCACCUGUAGGUCCCCCCAUGGGCUGAGGUCACAGGGCUCAUUAUAAAGUUGGCCUUAAAGGACACAGCUUUGUUCUGCCAAUGAACAUGCUGGGGAGGGGCAAUGAAGCCUUCCUCGAACAAAAGGAAUGUAUCAAAUAAGAGGUCUGAGUGACACUGCAGGGUCAUGCUGUCUCCUGAGGUCACUGAGGGGCCCAGAUGGGCUGAGAGGGAGGGUUUUUCAUAUGUUCCUAUGAGAGAAGGAGGCCAUAGUGUACAGGGAGCCAUCCAGUCCCCAUCUCCCUUGAGCUGACCACCAUCUCCUCUCCAGGGACUCUCCCUCUGUGACCCCUCUUUCUGUUUCUCUGUGAUGGUCUCUCUCAUCCUUAUGUCUCUCACUCUCCCUUUCUUGCUCCUCCUCACUGGAUCAAAGCCACCAUCUCAGCUUUACUCCGGGGCCCUGUCUCCCUUGACACCACCUCCACCAGUGGAGACCUCAGAAGACCGUCUGGACAUCGUGCUGGGCAAGGAUCCAUACCUGCCAUUAGGGCUUACAGGGAUCACUGGGGGCCAACCACCCAGGGAAGAGUUUGCAUGUACCAUAGCACCUGUACCGUUCCUUGUGGGUGUGGUUCACAUGGCACAGGGUGAAGAUGGGACUGUGCUGCCUGUCAGGGCACUGGGGAAGGGAGUAAGAGCUACUUAUCCUUGGUCAGAGGGAAUGUGUCACAGCAGGCCUCAGGGCCACACUGCAGGGUCAGGCUGCUCCAGAGAGCACCAGUGAGCCUGGCUGGGCAGAGAGGGAGGGCUUUCUGUGCACCCCUGGAGAAGAGGAGACAGUGGCAUGGAAGGAAAUGCACCUCCCCACUGUCCACGAGGCUGCAAUGAGUGCACACUUGUCUCCUUCAUACUCCCCCCUGUGAUUCUCCCCCAGGAGGCCACUGUCAACAAUCACCCCAUGAUCCUGGGCUCCCCUAGGAGCAUGGCCUAUAUUUGUCAUUUUGGAUCCCCUGGAAAGAGAUGGGAUUGGGUGGGGGCUCCCUCACCUGUGACCUUGAGAUCCACAGGGUCACUGGGGUGUGACCACAUGUGAGGGGAGGAGUGGGAAGAACCAUAGCAUCUAUAGGUGCCUCCAUGGGAGGUGUUCACAGAGCCCACAGGAAAGGUGGCCUGGUGCCUCCCAGCAGAGAACUGAGAUUUCCUGUGUUGGGUAGGGUAGGCUUUUCCCUCCUUUAGCAGAUGGAAAGUGUCCAUUCUGUCCUUUGAGCUACAGGAGAGGGACACACACUCUCCUGAAAUAACUGGAGGGCUUGGAUGGGCUGAGAGGAAGGGUUUGCUGUAAGCUCCUGAGAGAGACAGAGGGAGCUGAGUUAAAGGGGAAGGGGGGUACAACUACCCCACAUUACUCUACAGCCUACAGGUGUAGUCUGUGAGAUUCCCUUUUCCCUGAGACCACAUUCCCUUCUGACACUGCAGGGUCAGGCUGUCUCCAGAGAGCACCAGUAAACCUGGCUGGGCUGAGAGGGAGGGCCUCUUGUACACUCCUGGGGUUGAGGAGACAGUGGAAUGGAAGGGGAUGUACAUGCCCAAGCUGUCCAUGGGGGGUGCAGUGAGUCCAUGCUGGUCUUCUCCCCAGGCCCCUUUCUGUGGUUCUGGACCCGGGAGGACAGUGUCACUGGUCGCCCAUCACCACCAGGGCUCCCCUGGGUUCACAGCUUAGAUCAGGCAUUUUGGGAGAUCUGGGAAAGAGAAGGGGCAGUGGGACUUGCUCACCUGUGACGUUGAGAUCCACAGGGUCACUGGGGUGUGACCAAACGUGAGGGGAGUGUCAAGAAGAACCACAGCAUCUGUAGAUGCAUCCAUGGGAGGUGCUCACAGGGCCCACAGGAAAGGUGGCCUGGUGCCUCCCAGCAGAGAACUCAGAUUUCCUCUGCUGGGAGGGGUAGGCUUCUCUGUUCUCGAGCAGAUGGAAAGUGUCCAUUCUGUCCCUUGAGCUACAGGAGAGGGACACAUCCCCUCCUGAAACCACCAGAUGGCUUGGAUGGGCUGAGAGGGAGGGUUUGCUGUAGGCUCCUGAGAGAGAAGGAGGGAGCUGAGGUAAAGGGGGAUACAGUCACCCCACAUUACCUCUGUGAGGUUCCCUUUCCCCUGAGGCCACAUUGCUUUCCCUUCUGCCUAUGAGGAGGAGCUCACAAUGAAGGGGGAUGUCCUGAUUCCUCCCUCUUACCUGUCACGACAAGGAGCAGGGGAUCACUGCACUCUGACCAGCCACUCGAGCUGUGAUAUGCACACUGGAACUGCCCUGCAAGGUAUAUGUCUAUGGAUUUGGUGGAGAAACUGGCCCUAUCCACAGAGUUCCAUGAUGGCCACGUAUCCCAGUAUUGAGAGUCUCGCUCUUUAUACAGACAGUAGGCAUCAGCCUGCGGAGACCCCUGACACCAGAUGGUCACAGAGCUCCCCAUGGUGGUGAUGGGGCCUGGAUUAGCCCAGAUGGAGGGUUUGUGGAGGGUCCCUGGAAAGGAGUGAGAUCUGGAGGUCUAAGGGGCUCCUUUUCCCUCAGCUCCCACAGCUUUCAGUUCGACGCUUCUCCCACCCUGGUCACCAGCAGCUCAGAUCCUCUGUGCUUCCCCUUGAGCUGCCCAGGGACAUUCACUGUGCUGCCCAGAGGUUGGAGCUGGGAGGCCUGGGGAGGACUCACCUGUCUGUACCUGGUUCCGCUGGCCCUGGCACAGUCCUGUGAAAGAGUUCCCUGUGAGAAGCUCAUGCUGACACCUACACACAGAAGCAUCCUGUGUCGUCUGGGCCCCUGAGCACUGGGAUAUGGCUGAGAACAUUCCCUCCCUCAAAGGCUCAGCUUCCUCUUGAGCCUCCUGAAUCCCUGGGGUCUCCCAGGGACCAGGACCUGUGUGUGAGGAGGGGGUCCUCAUCCCUUGCCCUUUUCCCCCAAGCUUACCAAGACAUAGAAAGGCGGUGAGGGUCAGGGCUGUGGCACUGCCUUGCAUGGUUUCCAGCACUCCAGACGAAUUAUAAUGACCACAGAGCCUGGCAGGACAGACAUGCACAGGGUGUGACAAGUCCUAAGCCCUGUGUUAUGUGUCACACAGUUUCCUCAUCAGUGGCCUCACAGGAAGGGGAACAGCCCUCAGCCCCUCUCUGUGGCCUGGCUCUGCUUUCCCCAGAUAUUGGCGCUGAGGACAUAGCAGACUCCCUGGAAACCUUUCAGACCAAAUCUGAGUUCCAAUCCUGCGUCUGCCUUUUACAGAGGUUGGAUGAACUGGAGCACGUCACUUUCCUUUUUGGAGACCCCAUAAAUGCAAAUUUUCUUCCUUCUUUCCACCAGCCAGGCAAUCAGCAAGUAUUUACUGAGCAUUUACCACGUCCCAUCAGGGAGGCAGA